ACGUUGGCGGCCGAGGAAGUUCAAAAUAUAGGAAGACUGAGCUUUCCACGCUAAAAAGACAAACGUUAAUACUAGCUACAUUACUUCACGACGAUGCAGAACAAGGAAAAUUAUGAGCCCAGAAGUUUCCAAAGACCGUUUGCAACCCCCAGCAUGGUGACAGGCCCACAGCGUGUUCAGGUGAAGCCACGUCUAGAGACAGACAAAAAUGCUGUCACAGGCCCUGGGAGAGAGUGUGCAAGCUCCAGUUCAGCUUCAAAGAAAAUCACAAUUGAUGACUUUGACAUCGGUCGGCCGUUAGGGAAGGGCAAGUUUGGCAAUGUCUACCUUGCAAGGGUGAAGAAGCUGCAAGCCAUUGUGGCGCUGAAGGUGUUGUUCAAGUCACAGAUGGAGAAGGAGGGUGUGGAGCAUCAACUCAGGAGGGAGAUCGAGAUUCAGGCCCAUCUCAAGCACCCCAACAUCUUGCGCUUCUACAAUUAUUUCCAUGAUCGGAAGAGAGUGUUCUUGGUGCUUGAGUACGCCCCACGUGGUGAAAUGUACAAGGAGCUACAGCGAUGUGGGAGAUUUGAUGACCAGCGCACUGCAACAUACAUGGAGGAGAUAUCUGAUGCACUACUGUACUGCCACGAAAGGAAAGUGAUUCAUCGUGACAUCAAGCCAGAGAAUCUGCUUCUCGGCUAUCGCGGAGAGCUGAAAAUUGCUGAUUUUGGAUGGUCUGUCCACGCUCCUUCUCUGAGGCGUCGUACAAUGUGCGGGACACUGGACUAUCUUCCCCCAGAGAUGAUUGAGGGCCACACACACAGUGAGAAGGUGGACCUGUGGUGCAUCGGGGUUCUCUGCUACGAAUGUUUGAUCGGCAACCCACCUUUUGAAACUGCCAGCCAUUCAGAGACAUACAAAAGAAUUAUGAAGGUGGAUUUGAAGUUCCCCAAGAACAUCUCGGAUGGCGCACGGGACCUGAUCUCCAAGCUGCUUCGCCACAACCCCACCGAUCGUCUGUCACUACAGAGCGUCAUCGACCACCCAUGGGUGCGUGCCAAUUCCCGCCGGGUCUUGCCCCCCAUCUGCCCCGCCAAGAAAUCCUGAGCCCACUUGACCAGCUUGCUUACCUCCUUCUGAACGGUGCUUAUCUGUCCUCCAAGAGACUCCAGGGCCAGCAUGUUUCAGUUUCACUGCCAUUAUUCUGGCACAUUUUAUGAUGGGUGUAAUGUAUCCAUUUUUUUAUAUUGUACAGUGUGAUGUCAUUAUAUAUGUCUAGUAUGUUAGAUGUGUUUGUGUUUUUAUUGUAAUUUCUUCUUUCUGAAACCUUUUUUUUAAAUGUACACAGCUCUGUUUUUGAUUUCCAUAUCUGACGGUGUUGACACCAAAGUACUACUGUCAUACUGCCUCAGGCUAAGUAUAUUCUUAAAUAGUUUAAGAUGAGGUGUUAAAGGGUCGGGGUAGGAAGCAUGUUUUAUUUUUUCUCAAGCAAUACUUUAAAUUCUAAUAAAUGUUAUAAAAGAA